AAUAAAGACAAAGGAAUUUAUCGACAAUUUUGAGACACUGCUUUCAACACAAAGAUCAGGAAAAAAGACAAAAUAAAAUGAUGUACCAAUUACCUUCAUGCAAUCCCAGAAAAACAAUCUCAAUUAAAACUGAACUUAGAGAUUCACUAUCAUGCCUCAACAUUGUAUGGUCCAAUAUCUUUGAGACUGUAGACUCAGAGAUAAAUCCAGACAGAGCUAGACAGUAUGAGACUGACUUUCUCAAAGGAGCCCCACCAACAUGGCCGAAUUUUGACAAAUCAGCAAACUUACAAUUGGUGGAAAGGGAUGGCUUUAAUGAUUUAAUACAGUUAAUCAAUAACAAAAAAAGAAAAAGCUGUCUCGUCACUGAUGUUUCUUUACAAUACCAGCCUGGCAGUGGAGGAUCAACCCUCGCCAUGCAGGUGCUUUGGCAUUUCCGGAAAGAUCUCAGGUGUGCCAGAGUGAUUGAUUCAAUCAAUGAUGGCUUAGACACAAAAGAGCUGUCGAAACAAGUGGUGGACCUUUUUCUGCUGUCUAAAGAGAAACAUGCAAAACAAGAUUGGAAAACUGUGCUGCUGCUGCUAGACACCAAGGAAAAGAUGGACAAUGAUCUGCCUAUCAAGAAUGAUCUCUGGGAAAACCUGAUUGAAGAAAUACAUAAUAGGGACAUUGAUACUCAAACUCCAGUUGUGAUCAUUUUGAACUGCAGCACUGCAGACUUCAGUCUAAACGACACAAUGAUUCAUGACUCCAAACUCUCUGAAGAGGAAAUCAGACAAUUCAAGGAAAAACUGCUGCAACAGAUCCGACUACAGAGAAAAAGCCAGUGGAAAGUUACAUCCAUAAAUCUGUUGUACCACAAAGACAGCAGCGGAUCAGCAGUAGCCAGGGAGGUACUGCAGGACCUGAGGGAAGAGUUCACCUGUGAAAUCCUGACAGAACCAUUCACAACAGAGAUUACAGAGAAUAAAGAAAGGUUUACAAGACAGAUUGAAGAUAUGGCAAACACACUGCUCGAAAUAUAUGAAACACAUAAAAAACCUAUGCUUCUCCUGUUGGAUCACAAGGAUGAUAAACCACUACGCUACUUAUUAAAGAAUCUGCAGUCAAAGCUUCAGCGCUCUGAUCGACCUGACCAUCCUGCAUUCAUCAUUAUUAAUGCUGUGAGGAAGAGCGUUGUUCGAGCGCCAGGCCACGUAAAGCUGAAACUGGAGCUCUUACCAGAUGAGAAGGAGAAGUUUGCUCAGAAAAGGCAGGAGAUUGAAAAGAAACACAGGAAAAUAUCAAAAACGUUUCAUGCCUUUAACAUAAUGCAGGGAGGUUUCCAGAAAGAGGAUGCAGAGAAAGUCAUCACAGAAGAAAUGGUCAAUCACAUUGGAAAAGACAAACAGUCCAGCAGCACAAGACUUCUCAGUUUUUUGGCUUUGAUAAAUUCAUAUGUCCCAGGUUCACACUUGUUGAAACCUUUGUGCAAGAAAUUCAUUGAGCAAACAAAUGAGAGAAAGCCUUCAGUGGAAAUGAUAAUGAAGCCUUUCAUGGAUCUCAUAGUCAUUUUCUCUGACGGAGAGCAAAACUGCAUACGUCUGAAACAUCCCAUGAUCGCUGGUGCGUGUCUGAAAAUGUUCACUGAGAACAAUCUGACAAGAUCUGACAUCGCUCUUGACUUCUUGAACAGCAUGGUUAAUGGAAAUGAGAGUAACUAUAAGCACAUCUGCAAGAGAAUGUUAGUCACAAGACCAGACGGUCUGAUAGAAAAGGAGAAGUUUUCCAGACUGAUUCUUGACAUCAAAAGGGAAGGUAAAACUAACAAAUGCAAAUGCAUCAGUUUGUUGGAGAGGGCUUCGAAUUUGUUCUCCACAGACCCUUUUUAUCCUCAAGCACUUGCACGUUUGUAUUACAUUGAGGUAAAUGAGGAAGACAAAUAUCAGGAGGCAGAAAAAUGGGCAGAAGAGGCCAUUGAAAGAGACCCCAAAAAAUCUCAUAUUAGGGACACACUGGGGCAAGUUCACAAAAACCAUCUGUCAAGGAUCUGGAAUAAAGUGGAAAAGUGGAAAAAUGUGGAAAAACCAUGUACAGACAUAAACACACGUUUGGCCAUUGCAAAGUCUGCCAUCAAUGCAUUUAAACGUGAAGAGAAGGCAGCUGAAGAUGAGUUAGAUGCCAACGCCAUAUUCAAUAACAGGGGCCACUUUGGUUUUCUGCAGGUUUGCAAGGAAAUUUAUGAUUUGAGGCCCUUAAGUCCAAAUAAUCCUCUUCAACAAAAAUACCAUGAUUUCAUCAAUGGUCUCAGGGGUAAAAUUGAAUCAAAAUAUGACUUCUUUGAAUGCUACCUGACAUUCUCAAGCAACAAAAAAGAUGACCCAGACUACUUUCGUAGAGAUGUUGAAGAUUGCUACAAGCGAUAUUUUACACAGGGAGACCAGAAUGAAGAAAAUACCCUUAAUGAGAAAAAAAUGAAGUCUUUUGCAGGACUGCUUCAUUUCCUAGAAUCUGACAUUGAUGUGCUUGAACAGAAUUUGAUUGCAACUAAAAAGCCCCGGUCCAAAAGUGAAACCCAAACCAUUCUCUACAUUUUUGCCAAUAUCAUCUUGAAUCAGUCUGACGAACCCUCUGAAAAAACAAAAAAUCUUCAGGACAUGUUACAGAAACUCUGGUCGACAGAAGCUCAUGGCAGAAGCCCAGAGUUUUACCUCUUGAUCCUUUUGCUCUUUUGGCCUGAUCAAGCAAAGAAGGCAAAGCCAAAACCUCCAAACCUUGAAAACUGUGUGAAAUAUAUGAGUCAGUCAUACGAGAGAAAGUAUCAGAAAUACCUUCACAGUCGCCACCUGGUGCCUCUGUUCUUCUAUGGGAAAGGAGAAGGCUUGCAGAGACUGGUUCAUGCCUUAAAACCUCAUCAACAUGGUUUGAAGAGACCGGUUCACUCAAAGCUAGAUAAAACUGAUCUGGAUCUCCUGACUGAAGGAGAUGGAAGUGUAGAAGUCAAAUGUCUUCAGCGUAUCGAUGGGAAGGUGGAGGAUCAUAAAGUGUUUGCUGUUAGAAAUGGGCAACAGAUUCCAGUCGUCGCUCACAAUCGGGCCAGUGUGUGCAGACGAGGCCAAGUGUCGUUCUACCUCGGCUUCACGAUCAGAGGACCCGUCGCCUACAACAUCAGAUAUCAGAACUGUUUGCAAAAAAAAACAAGACGAAAUCAAGAAGAAACAGGAUGAGAAAGAGGAGAAGAACCACAAAAGUGGAAAGAAUGAAGAUGGACCCGAAGGCCAAAGAGAUGCUUAAAUUACUAAGACAGCAGCAAAGAAGUAAUUUGAAAUUGAUUAUGCUUAUUAAACAAUCAUAUAAGUUGAAUACUUUUAUGUGUGACCUGGAACAGAUUACAAACGAGGUUGAAGCUUUGACUACAAAAGCUUCAGCGCCGGUUGAGUCUGAAUAUUGUGUGUAAAGGCCAAAAGGUCAAAAUGCAAACUGGCCAAGAUGUAUGUUUUUGUUUUUCAUUUUUUAAAAGUGUUGAGGCAAGCUAACCACAAUGUAUGCUUCAGUUGCUGAGCAAGAAGCCUUAAGGGGAACUAGUACUAACCAAGUUAACCACAGUGUUUCGGUUGCUGAAACGAGAAGUAUUAAGGAGAACUGGUACUGACCAAGACGUAUGCUUUUACCGCAAGCUAACCAAUAUGUGUGUUUGUUAAUGCAAGCUAAGCAAGCUGUAUGCCUUUUUUUGCAGAACUAGAACUGUUAAAGGGAGCCAGUGUGAAGGUCGUGAAGUUCAAGUUAGUAAAAUGUGUUAAAAGUCGUUGAACGGGCAUAGCCUGUAGAUGACCUGUGUAACUUAUAUUUCGACAAACAAGGAGAUGUUUUAUGUCAGGAAAAAGGAUGUGUUCAGACUAUAUAUAUUGGGAGUUGUACAACAGAAGUUUGCCACACCUCUGGUGAAGACUUUACUCGCUUUUAUGUUCUUUGUAAUUUUUUCUGUAUCGUGUUAUUAAACCGAAGCCAUUGUAUUUGGUGAUUCGUAAACCUCUCUAAACAAGUCUCAGAGUGAAAAUUGACUUUUACAUAAAACUAUUAUCUGAACCUGCAAUUAAUUUACUCCAACGAGCCUCAAGAGCACCGGACCCUGACUGAGCUGGACUCCACCUUGAAAACUUUGAUCGUCAUACAACGCUCUCAAUCCAAGAGUUCAUGGAUGAUCGAAUGCUGUCAUUCAGAGUAUAAAUCUCUUCAUUGACACUGAAAUGCUCAACAGUUCAGCUCAUACAAAACAAGAAAAACGUUCCUCUUUCUUCUCAGCUGGAUGUGAAAACAAGACUGUACAAGAACAAGACAACCUUUACUGCAUCAUGUUUAUAUGAUAAUAUUUAAUGUGAUUAUUUUUGAAUUGCACUGUAUGAUUUACCUCUUCAACUAGGUGAAUGUGGGACCGAAUUUAUCUACGAACUCAAAUGUCAAAGACAAAUUUGAAAUGUCUUCUAUUUUUGUUUCUAUGUUCUGAAGAAAGAAUUGUGUGUGUUGGGUAUAAUCUAACAGACAAUUAGAUAAUAAUUAUUAGUUGUAAGCAGAGUUCAGUCAUGGUACUUUUCACCUAUUUCCAGAGAGGAUGUGUUAGGAAAGGGAGAAAAAUCUGAAAAAUAUUAUUCAUAAUUGUGGUGGUGGGUCUGUAAAUUCAAAUUAUUUUCAAGGGGUUUUGAGCUCAUUUAUUCCAAAAGAGGCCAUAUCACAAUAUCUCUUUCUUUAUCUGAACAGCAGGUC